AUGGAAAGCCCUAUGAUGUUGCUUACACCGGAGAGUUCCGCAAAUAUUGGCCGAGAUAUGGAAGGAAAAGGCGAAUCUCCAGAAGCUAGCCCGCCGAUGGAGGUCGGCAGACGAAGGGGCUCCAACUGCCGUCUUCCAAGCUUAGCAACAUUGGUGAGAAAUUCACUUAUUAUAUAACUACUUUUUGAAAAAUCAAUAUGAAGAACUCUACAGACGGAGAAGCACGCAUUUUAAUUGUUGCAAGACUACUCUCUGACGUUCAUUCCAAUCAGAGAUUUGUCAGGAAGCGGAUUUAUCUUCAUUUAUCAUUUUCGUUGAGUGCUUUGUGUUUUUUUUUCUCUGAGCUCGCUCUGCAAAAUGCUCAUUUAAGUAGUGAAAUAAAUUAAUUUGUGUGAAUAUUAUUUCAGCUACAUGUUACGUAUGAGGCUCAAUGUGCCUAA